CCUGGCAGAGAAUGCCACUGUGGACUUUUGUCAACAAACCAGAUCUACAUUAUAGGCUAAUGUGAUAAAAUUCGGGAUUACGGAUGUGAAAUAUGGAGAGGUGGCAGAGGUACAACGAAGCUAACGUUAUUGAUAUUAAGGUUAAAUAUUCAACGAAGUCAUCACAAGAAAGAUCUACUUACGAAAACAAUGUUGGGAAGACAGUCAAAAUUUGAUCGAAUUUUUUCCGAAACAGCAACUCAGGAAUUGCAGCUGGAAGAAUGUCCAGUUGCAUUGGCAGAAGUUGGAAAGCAACCAAACUGUUUCAGGAUAUCUCUUACAUCAUCUCUAGUCAUUGCUGUAGUGUGUGUUACUCUUGUCAUAUGUCAUGAAUAUGUUGCCCAGCUUUUGUACUGGAUGGAAUCAAUAUAUCCUGCUGCAAGCUGUGCAAUAUUUCUAUUUUUAGUCAUCAUUGUCUCAUUCCCAAUGACGUGGGGAUACCUUUUACUCAACAUAGCCUCAGGAUAUUUAUAUGGACCAAUUUACGGUUUGUUUUUAGUCUCCACAUCAGCUGUUUGUGGCAUUCUAGUGUCAGAUCUGAUCAUUCGAAAAUGUUUAUCAGAGCUUGUUGCAGCAAAUUUGAAGAAUGAGAGCCUUUUAGCUUUGCUGAGAGUUGUGGAGGGUCACCAGGGAUUCAAGGUGGUUGCCUUAGCCAGACUAACUCCUAUUCCAUUUGGGUUACAGAAUGGAGUAUUUGCGAUGGUGAAAAUAUCAAAGUGGCAGUACUUGGCAGCCUCAUGGCUUGGCUUACUUCCUACACAGUUGCUCAACGGAUAUAUUGGCUCAACACUACGUUCAAUGGAAGAUGUUCUCACAGACAAUAAAAAGAAUUUAAUGGGUUACAUAAUGUUUUCUAUACAGAUCUUGCUUACAAUAGCUCUAAUGAUAUUUGUAGUACGUAAAGCACGCCAAGAACUGAAGAAAAUAACUGAAGAACAUCAACUGAAAGUCCAUGAUGAUAACAAAGACAAUCAAUUCAUUCCUGUAACAGUUGAUAUGCAGAGGAACUUGCCAAGUAAAGUACAGCUUAGUGGAGAGUUAAGUUCUGGGUCUGAUGAGACAAUACACUGCUCCCGAGUUUUGACUCCAGUUCAUUUGCAAAAAGAAUCUCCCCUAGGAUCCGUGUCUUUCACUUAUGGUAAAAUCGGAUUCAAUGGUUAAAUAUGAUUAUACGGUGUGUCUCCAAAAAAAUGUUACACUUACAAAAAGUUCAAUAUCUUUCAUGAUUUGGGCUUUUCCCCUAAAAUAUACAAUUAGAUACCAAAAGACCAGCCUUUCUCGAA